UGUGGGGGUGGGGACCCUGUGGGCUGCUGGUGCUUAGAGAGAGUUGUGAAACUCUUAGCUGCUUGCACUGACCUACAGUUGGAGAGUCUACACUGCAGCCUGGAUUCACACACACACACACAGAGAGAGGGAGAGAGAGAGAGAGUUCUUUUGGGACACUCACUCUCUCCCAUUUGAAGGACUGAGCCUCAUCAGCUUCAUCAGUAUUUGGAGCUGAACCGCUGUACCAGCCCGUACUGCAGCACCUCACUGAAGACAGGCUCUCAUAGUCACUGGCAUCUGACAGAAAACCCUCCCUACCACACAAAGAAAGGAAGGAAGGAAGAAACCAAAAAGAAGACAGAUAAGAACAAAAGCCAGAGUGUGACUUUGACUUCAAAUCAAAGCAAGUGUGUUAAGUGAGAAGACUUGUUCCAUACUGCCACAGCCAUGGCAGACAGUGUGAUUGAGGAGUCAGACUACUACCCUGGGAAGGAUGAAUUGGACUGGGGAUAUCAAGAAGGUGUAGAGUGGGGUUUGCUGUUCCCUGAUGCCAAUGGGGAGUACCAGUCACCCAUCAACCUGAACUCCCGGGAGGCGCGUUAUGACCCCUUGCUCCUGGACGUGGGGCUAACACCCAACUACGUUGUGUGUCGGGACUGUGAGGUCAUCAACGAUGGACACACCAUACGCAUCAUGCUGAGGUCCAAAUCAGUGGUAACUGGUGGACCGUUGCAAAUUGAUCAUGAGUACGAGCUGCACGAGGUGCGCUUCCACUGGGGCAAAGAGAACCAGCGGGGCUCAGAACACACCGUCAACUUUAAGGCCUUCCCCAUGGAGCUCCAUCUGAUCCACUGGAACACAACCCUGUUCAACAGUGUGGAGGAAGCCCUGGGUAAGAAGAACGGAGUUCUCAUCAUCGCUCUGUUUGUGCAGAUAGGGAAGGAGCAUCUGGGGUUGAAGGCCAUAACAGAAGUGCUGCAGGACCUACAAUACAAGGGGAAGACCAAGAUCAUACCGUGCUUCAAUCCCAACACACUACUUCCUGACCCUCUCCUGAGAGACUACUGGGUGUAUGAGGGCUCCCUGACCACCCCUCCAUGUAGUGAGAGCGUCACCUGGAUCCUGUACCGCUACCCACUCACCAUCUCACAGUUACAGAUAGAGGAGUUCAGGAGGCUCAGGUCCCAUCUGAAAGGUGCUGAUCUACCUGAGGGGAACGACGGGAUGUUGGGAGACAACUUCCGCCCCUCUCAGCCCCUCAGCGACAGGACCGUCCGGGCUGCCUUCCAGUGACACCCCCCUUCCCCCGUCCAUCCUCCACGGGGGAUCUUUAGCCCCACGUUUAACAGUUCUGCCCGCUCUGACUCUGGUCCCUGUCUCCAGUCCCACGUCUCGUCAUUCUACUACUCUGUCCUGGAUUCCCCACUCUACUACCCCCUUGGAAUCCCCUCCGGACCUGCUUAGCCUGUCUCAACCUCUCUCACUCCAGCCUCAGCAUCCUCACCUGGUUUCCAGCAACCCGCCUGAGCUUCCCAUGACCUGCACUCCAUCUCCCCCCUGUGUUUCAAUAAAUACCUUGGUUAUUUCAUCCCAGUCUCCUCGUCUGAGUCUGCUAAUGGGUUCCACUCCGCGUAACAGGUAUAAGGAUUCAUAAGGAUUAUGUGACAUAAAGUGUGCCUGAAAAUGUAAUUUCUAGCUCUGUAACCAUCAUAGCGCAUACACAGAAAACAGGAUAAUAGUUUGUGGAUUUAAGAGUGGAAAAUAUUAAUAUUAAUAUUGCACAAUGUCAAGCAAAUCUAACCCAAAACAUAGGACUUAUAAAAAUAACCCUUUGCUCCUCUACCCGCUACCUCUGUUUCCAAACCCAGUCGUAGCGGCGACAUGAUUGCUGGAAUGUUCCAACAUCUGCAAAAUAUUCCCUUUUUUUUAUUUUCAUAGUGAGAAAGAGAGUGAAACGAGAGAAAGGAGGGGAGAGGGAGAAUGGCUUUGUUGAAUCAGCUGGAUGGCUGGAAGUUAUGUUACAUUGAAUCCCCUGGACUGGUAGCUACAGAUUGUAACACCAGAUUUGGACCACUAUAUUGGUAGUUACAGAAGUGGCUGUACAAAAUGUUGCUGGAGAUUUUUCAACUAACCUGGUAUUUGCGAUACUAUCUUCGUCCUCGAAUCGUGGAAACAGUUUCAGGGGGUCCAUUUGAAUCGAUAAAAUGCUCUGUUAAAAUAAAUAAAUGUUUGUUUGGUCCAUGAAGUAAUCCAACAAUGUGUACACCAUCAUCUCGUCUUUUUCAAAUCUUCUCUCAUUGAUUGAGACAGGGGGGUCCACCCCAAAGGGCUGCAUGCCAGGAUGACAGAAGCCUGUCUCGAUUAAUGAGAGAAGAUUUGUAAAAAGAAGAUGACGGCAUACACAUUGUCGCCAAUACCAGGUUAGCUCAAAAAUGCCAACGUUUUGUAGAGCCACACCUGUAACUACCAGUAUAAUGGUCCACAUUUCUGUGGUUAAAUCACAUUAUCUGGUGUUACAAUUUAUAGCUACUGGACUUGGAGGGAGCUCACAAAGGCACGAUUUUACUCUGUUGAUGAAGGCAGCGCUGACAGACCAACCAGCUGGCUUCACCUUUGACCUGGAACAUAGCCAUUUGCUGUUGGCUGGUACAAGAUGGCUCCAUGCUCUGGAAGGAGAGACAUGAUUGGCUCUGAUCCAAUAUCCACACUAACAGUAGUAUACUAGAUGGAAGCGCUGGAUUGGUCAUGCAUUCUUACUGGUGUGAUAGUGGGGUUAUUGUUGGAAUGUAGUGCUUGUGAUAGGAUUUGUGCAGGCUUCAUACAGGUAUGCAUACUUAGCUUGGGGCAUGUCAUUGUACUGUACUGUCAUGGAGGUUGUGUAAUAAGUAGAAAAAUGUUAAUGAACUAACACCUGUUCCUAGGGAUUUUCAAAAUAUGGAAAAUAAAUGUACAGUACAUUACUUUAAAGAAAGAUGCUGUUAAAACCGCACUGUCUCUCAGAAUAGGAAACACACUAACAAGCAGAAACAUAUGUAGUUCUGUAUAAUAUACAUGGGCAGGUCAGGUUUAAUGACCUCAGGUCAGGUUUAAUGCCGUAUAAUCUCAGAUGUCUCACAGGCUGAUAUUUGUUGAGAUAUUUCCGUCAGCUUCUGGCUCCUGUCCUCGCAGUAUUAAACACAGUGUUUUUGUGUUUUUCAAAAUCUGCUUAUCUAGCAAUAGGAAGCAUGACAAUAGACGAUUAGACCACAGUGUGCCCUUUCUUGUAAAAACAAAGGAGACAUCCAUCAAAGGUAAAUGACCUUUUAAGGGCUAUAGACAACACAGUACAGCACAGGGUUAUAGGCUUUGAAAAUGAAACAAUGAAGACUUGAAUUUUGUUGUGAUGUUUUUAGACAUUUUAAGGUUCUGUAGUUCUUGUACUGACUAAUGUGAUAAUGAUGAUGAUGAUGAUGAUGAUGAUGAUGAUAAAGAUUACUCUUACUGUAACUUAACAAUAAAGGUCAAA